GACAAGCAGUACAUCUCUGAGUGAGCAGCUUCAGCGGCUGUGAUUGAAGAGGCUGUGUCACAGCUUCAUGGUAGAAUAGAACAAAAAACAUGAGAUCCAAGUGUUCCGGGAUGGAAAACCAAUACUAAAUCAAUAAAACAUGUUCAUCACUGCAGAGCAGGCGUAUUAUGUCCGAACUCUGUUAAAUGUCCAUGUGUUGGCUCCGCCCCUUACAUCUGUCUUCCUGUUUGAGUGUCCUGUAUUUUUACUCCAUGCGUUUCCUGUUCUUUCCCUGCAGCGGAAAGGAUGAAGGGGUGGAAUCCUGGAACCUCACACCGUUUGUAGCCACGGAUCUGCAGACGUGGAAUCACCUCCAGCUCAGGCAUCGUGUCACCCUCUGUUACAGAGUCCACCAUGAGUUAGACACAACCAGAGUCCACGGCCCGCCUACCAUAGAAGCACCGCGUCUGGAGACAGCAGCAUCAACUGUUCUGCUUCAUGAGCCAGCAGGAUGCGACUGAGGUCCUCGUACUGUCCGAGCGCCUCCUUGUAGCUUCACACAAAGGACAAGCCGACAAUGUGGUUCAACUCAUCAACAAGGGCGCUAAAGUCGCAGUCACCAAGUAUGGCAGAAGUCCGCUGCACUUGGCAGCCUACAAAGGUCACAUGGAGGUGGUGCAGGUCCUCCUCAGAGCCGGCUGUGACCUGGAUAUCCAGGACGAUGUGAAUGCGAACAGACGGCGUUUACAUCGCGCUGCUGUGGCGGGAAACAGUGACGUCAUCAACGCACUCAUCCAGGAAGGGUGUGCACGGGACAGGCAGGACAGGGACGGGAACACCGCACUCCAUGAGGUGUCCUGGCACGGCUUCAGCCAGUCCGUCAAACUGCUGGUGAAGGCCGGCGCCAACGUUCACGCCAAAAACAAGGCAGGAAACACGGCGCUGCACCUCGCCUGUCAGAACGGUCACACUCAAAGCACCAAGGUGUUGCUCCUGGGAGGGUCGAGGCCCGACAGCAAGAACCACGCCGGUGAUACGUGUCUGCACGUGGCUGCUCGGUACAACCAUGUUUCUGUGAUCCGGAUCCUGCUGGGGGUGUUUUGCUCCGUGUCUGAGAAGAACCUGGCUGGAGACACUCCGCUCCAUGUGGCAGCUGCUCUGAAUCACAAGAAGUCGGUACGUCUGCUGCUGGAGGCCGGAGCAGACAGCCGCAUCUGCAACAACGCGGGUCAGACAGCACUGGAUCUGGCCAGAGAUCACAACAACCCGGAUGUAGCUCUUCUCCUGACGAAAGCACCCCAGAGUUUUGCGCGAGGCAGGAACGUGAGGAAGAGGAGGGACAAGCUGAAGGCUGAAGGUCGAGCUCAGUCGGUGCCCAGAGACCAGGUGCUGCCCUGUAAGGACAGUGCGUCUGCAGCAGAUGACACCCAGAGCAGCGACCGAGCCGCUUGCAGACACGCGGAGGAAUCGAACACACGGAGGGCAAAGAGCAGCAAGCACAAAGAAAAGCCAUCUUUGUCGGAGCCGCUGCGACGCAGAGAGACCAAACGCAGUGACCUCCAUCACAAGAGGAAGAUCAGGCUGCGAGGAGCGUCGCCUCAUGCCGGCAUCCCUCCCCACAGCUUUAAAGCCUAUCAGCUGUACACGCUGUACCGCGGCAAGGACGGAAAGAUCAUGCAGGCGCCUCUGAACGGCUGCCGCUGUGAACCGCUCAUCAACAAGCUGGAGAACCAGCUAGAAGCCACGAAGGAGGAGAUGAAGACCGAGAUCCACACUGUCCAAGACCUGAUGAACACCAAGGGCCAGCUGGACCGCAAGAACCAACACCAGAUCCGGGUCCUGGAUAAGAUGACGGUGGAGCGGGUUUCAGCAGAGAGGACAGAGUGUCUGCAGAGGAUCGAGCAGCGGGCUGCUCAGGAACGACAGGAAACGGAGCGGAGACAGGCGUCGGUGGUCAGCGAGCUGAAGAGUUGGUGUUCGGCCAAACUGCAGAACAUGGACGUCCACGUCACAGGAGGCACCAAACCACAGUGCACCUCCUCUGUGGAGGAGGCCCUGAAUCAAGGUGGUGGAGGAGGUGUCACCAUGCUGCCUGCUGAAAGGGAGGCCAGCUUCCAGUGCCUGAACCUUCAAGGCAGCCCUGCACUCCUGGACCGUCCACAGAGUGAGCUCAGCGCUGCAGAGGCCGGCUCAGUCAGUCACUACUUCGUGGUUCAUCUGGAUAGUUCUCCAGAUGGAGAUAAGCAUCCGAACGCUGACGCCACAUCAUCUCCAGCAACGUGUCCAUCAUCAACCCGAGUGGUGCGUCCAAAGGAGCGAGCUGUGAUCUCUGCUGACACCCAGAGGAAGGAGCAGGAACUGCAUGCAGAGUGCGAGACGAGUGGCGGUGGACGGCACCGGGUCAGCAGCUUGUCCCCCACCACAAGACGGCGCUCCAACGGGAGGCUUAAAGACAAAGAGCGUGGCCGGGACAGGGGGUGGCACCACAAGAGGCCGUCCCAAAGUCGGACUACGUCCAGAGGGACUGCAGGGGUCACGGGGGUCAGGACUCUGGAGGUGUUUGGAGAGCAGCCCAGGGAGCGUGCCUUUGCACAGGACAAGGACAGCAUGCACGCCCUGGAGGUGACCCAGUACUUUUUUGAGGCAGUGUCCACACAGAUGGAGCGCUGGUACGAGAGGAAAGUCCAGGAGGCUCGGUGGCAGGCGGACCAGAGGGCGCAGGAGGACCGGGCCACUCUGAUCGAAAGGAUCGCCUGCCUGGAGGACGAGCUCCGCCUGCUGAGGACUAACAGACAGGACGAUCUAUAACACCUGUGGACUUUACACGACACGGAUGGGUGACUGAUCCACAGUCCGACAGGUCUGAUCCAGUUUACUAACCCUUGGCAUUCUGUUGUGAUGUCAUAAAGGCAGCUGUAAAUAAAAUGAGAUGUCAAACACUAACAAGGUGUAGAGCAGGACACACACAGCUCUGUGCUGCCACGUGCAGGAUGCUGUUAAAGGUCACUGAUGUUUGGAUUUCAGUGUUUAAUUUUCACUCCGGGUUUAAAUUCAUUGUAGAAGAUCAUAAUUAAACCACAGCAUCACAGUGUUUUACUGUCACUUCGUUCAAACUAACAGACACGAAAAUCAACCACAGGUCUGAAUUUGUUUUGUACCAUUGUGAUGUCAUAGGGCAGCAAAGUAUAAGUAAAAUGACGGUUGGCAAAAUGAAACCAUCUGUCCACAAGUUUCUAAAUGUCAGUCCAGCACUUUGAACUUUAGAGAUCAGAUUUUUAUUAACUGACAAAAGUAAGACUCUUUUCAUGGUGAUGUGAUCAAUUCCAGAACCAUCAGGCUCAAAUCAGGCGUCAUGUAACCGACUUUCAGUUCUGUGCACUGAGAACAGUUGCAGUACACAUUUCUGUCAGUAGCUGUAACCACAGUUGAUUUAUACAUUACAACAACAACAACAAUAUACUAUUUUCUGUCGUAAAGACAAAGAGCCCCUCAGAGGAGUGUAUUUUAUUUCAUGCAGAAGAACAAUUUUGGAAGCUGCUGGGGUUUGGAUGCUUUUUCAGAAGAUCAACUUUGGUUUUUGGUUUAUAUAUUUCACCUUUAACCUUUUCUGCUGGAGGCAGUAAAUACUAACACAGCAGCACUGUGUCUUCACUACGUAUCCUACAGACAUUUUUAGCUUCUAGGAAACUUUGUGACUGAAGAAGUCUGAGUGACAGACGUCUGUCUCCCCAGAAUAACAAGUGUCAACAAAGCAAAAGUACAACAAAAGAACAGGAAAAACAAAACACACAGUAUGAAAACUUUACAUCUAACCUCACCUGAGCUGAAAAGAAGAAUCUUUUCCCGUCUACGUGUCACUGAUACAAACUCACUAAUCAGUUUGUCGUCGAUUUAAAAAAAAAAAAAAAAAAAAAAAAAAAAA